AUGGAAAGAGUAAGAAAUGGAGUUCAUCCUCACAUCUAUGGUUUCUCUAAUCUUGCUAUGGUUCAUUACCAAAAUCUUCCUCAAAUCCUCAACCAAAAAAACCUCCCCCCUUCUCCCUCAAAGCUACCGAUAAUCGGAAACCUACAUCAGCUCACCUCGCACCCUCACCGCGGCCUCCACUCCUUAGCCCAAAAACAUGGCCCGCUCAUGCUUCUCCACUUCGGGAGCGUCCCCGUCCUCGUCGUCUCCUCUUCAGACACGGCCUGCGAGAUCAUGAAGGCUCACGACACCAACUUCUCCAACAGGCCCCAGUUCAAGGUUCUGAGCAAGCUCUUCUACGGCUGCAAAGACGUAACUUGCGCCCCCUACGGCAAAUACUGGCGUGAGAUGAGGAGCAUAUUCGCCCUGCAGAUGCUGAGCCAUAAAAGGGUUCAAUCAUUCGGUCACACGAGGGAGGAACAGACAGCCCGUCUCGCGAAAAGGAUUGAGGGAAAUUUUUGA